UCAGGACAUUGGCUGAGCCGGUGCGGGGGACACGGGAGCUAAGCCUUGUGCUUGCAGAAACCUGCCCGGCUUUGUUACUGCAGGAUGAAACUGCUUGUCAAGGCUCUAUGCCUCAGGGAGCUCCGGAGACAGGCAGCUACCCGGCGGCUGGCAGCCACGGGGAGGCUGGUGGCUGGCCAGAAACUCACGGGGCCCAGGGAAGGAUGCUGGGCUUCCAUCCACCAGGCUGUUGGAACCAGGACGCAUCUUCCACAGUCUCAACUGGGCUUCACCACCAUGGUAACAGGAAGGAUCAUGCGGCCGGAUGAUGCCAAUGUGGCCGGCAAUGUCCACGGGGGAACCAUUCUGAAGAUGAUCGAGGAGGCAGGGGCCAUCAUCAGCACCCGGCACUGCAACAGCCAGAAUGGGGAGCGCUGCGUGGCCGCCCUGGCCAGGGUGGAGCGUACAGACUUCCUGUCACCCAUGUGCAUCGGCGAGGUGGCGCAUGUGAGUGCGGAAAUCACCUACGCUUCCAAGCACUCGGUGGAGGUGCAGGUCCACGUGACAUCGGAGAACAUCCUCACAGGUACCAAAAAGCUGACCAAUAAGGCCACCCUGUGGUACGUGCCCCUGUCUCUGAAGAACGUGGACAAGGUCCUCGAGGUGCCUCCUGUCGUGUACUCCCGGCAGGAGCAGGAGGAAGAGGGCCGGAAGCGGUACGAAGCCCAGAAGCUGGAGCGCAUGGAGACCAAGUGGAGGAACGGGGACAUUGUCCAGCCUGUCCUUAACCCAGAGCCCAACACGGUGAGCUACAGCCAGUCCAGCCUGAUCCACCUGGUGGGGCCUUCGGACUGCACCCUGCAUGGCUUCGUGCAUGGAGGUGUCACCAUGAAGCUCAUGGAUGAGGUGGCUGGGAUCGUGGCUGCUCGCCACUGCAAAACCAACAUAGUGACAGCUUCUGUGGACGCCAUUAAUUUCCAUGAUAAGAUCCGAAAAGGCUGUGUUAUCACCAUUUCCGGACGCAUGACUUUCACGAGCAAUAAGUCCAUGGAAAUUGAGGUCCUGGUGGACGCUGACCCUGUGGUAGACAACUCACAGAAACGCUACCGGGCCGCCAGUGCCUUCUUCACCUAUGUGUCCCUGAGCCAGGAGGGCAAACCGCUGCCUGUGCCGCAGCUUGUGCCCGAGACAGAGGACGAGAAGAAGCGCUUUGAGGAAGGCAAAGGACGGUACCUGCAGAUGAAGGCCAAGCGGCAGGGCCAGGCGGAGCCUCAGGCCUAGGCUCCCUCGUUGCCGCAGGCCACGCAGCUGCAGUGAUCGCCCAUGAGCUACCCCUUGGCCAAAACCCCAUUCCCAUUGAGAGCUGGUGUUGUGUGAAGUGUCUGUGCGGCAGUGUUAACUUACUCCCUGUCCCGAAAACCUGUGCACCAAAGCUUUAUUUAUAUCCUUCCAGUAUAAAUGCUACCCAGUAUUGUCCCUGGUGCCUGGGGAGCUUCUGAGCACACUGUAAGGUAUGUAAGGAACCCAGCCCCACUAAUAAAGCUGCUUUUUGGCUGGA